AUGCCGUCCAAGGGGGGUUCAUUCACGGAGUACGGGGAAAAGCCGAGCUCGCGGCGGCCCGGCUUGCUGAAGAACCAGCUGCGGCUGGUGCGGCGAGUGAUGCCGGAUGGCAAGGCGCGGAAGGAGAUAGCUCCGGUGGAGGAGCAGCUGUCGUUCGAGAAAGGCUUCUUUCUCUUCAUCCGCGCCGUCCAGCUGCUCACACAGAACAACGCGGGGGUGAUACUGGUGGGGCUGGCGGGGCCGUCGGGCGCGGGCAAGACGGCGUUCACGCACAAGGUGGCGGGCUUCAUGCCCUCCAUCGCCGUGCUCUCCAUGGACCACUACAACGUCGCCUCGCGCGUCAUUGACGGCAACUUCGACGAUCCGCGCAUCACGGACUACGAGCUGCUGCUGGAGAACAUCGAGGGGCUGCGGCGAGGCGAGGCGGUGCAGGUGCCCAUCUACGACUUCAAAUCCAGUCAGCGCGUCGGCUUCAGGGAGCAAGCGGUGCCCAAGUCACGUGUGAUCAUCCUGGAGGGCAUUCACGCGCUCAACGAGCGGGUGAGGCCGCUGCUGGACCUGCGGGUGGCCAUCACGGGCGGCGUGCACUUCGACCUCGUCAAACGCGUGCUGCGUGACAUUGACCGAUCCGGGCAGGCUCCAGAAAGCAUCAUUCAACAAAUUUCCGAGACGGUGUACCCGAUGUACAAGGCGUUCAUAGAGCCGGAGCUGAAGACGGCGCACAUCCGCAUGGUGAACAACUUCAACCCCUUCUCCGGCUUCCAGGACGCCACCUACCUCCUCAAGUCGCGAGCAGAGGGCGAGGGGUGGGAGGAGCGGGUGAGAGCGGUGCUGGCAGGGGGGCACACGCGGGAGGAGGUGGAGACGUAUGAGAUCUACCUGCUACCGCCCGGGGAGGACAAGGACACGUGCCAGUCGUACCUGCGCAUGCGCAACCGCGAUGGGCGCUACUCGCUCAUGUUUGAGGAGUGGGUGACGGACGGCCCCUUUAUAAUCACACCGCGCAUCACCUUUAGUGUGUCGGUGCGGCUGCUGGGGGGGCUGAUGGCGCUGGGGUACGAGAUAGCCCACAUCGUCCACCGCGAGUCCAUCGUGAUCAAAGAGGUGUCCCCACAGGGCGAGCAGGGGGAAGCAAACGCGGCGUUUUCAGUCAAGAUUGACAAGAUCGAGCAGCUGAAAGCUACCUAUGUGCAGGUGAUAGGUAAGGACCGCAAGCGCGUGAAGCAGGUGGCGGAGCAGUUGGGCAUGGAGGGGGAGGGGGGGUACAUCUCCCAUCCUUAUAUCGAGGACAUCAAGCUGCAUCACCUCACGCAGGAGAUUCAGAGCAACCAGCCGUCCCCCCUUUCCUCCAACGCGCUCAAGGCUCGUCUGCGCAUAUCAGACGACAUUCUGCCCUUCAGCCCGCCCGUGGGCCCGCGCUUUGCCUCGCCCACCUCCUCCUCUGCUGCUGCUGCCUCCUCCUCCUCCUGGUCUGCAGGCGGCCACAAGCUCGACAAGACCAAGAGCCUAGCGUCCAUGGGACAGGGAGACCCAUCUCCAGACAGCACCUACAGCAGCGCUAGCCAAGGCGGAGAUCAGCACCAUGCGCUCUGCCUGCUCUGCCACUGCCCUGGAGCUUACAGUCUCUCCCCCUCUCUCCCCUGGUUCCCCCCCAUGCACUCACUCACAGCAUGCCUGCCCCCACAGCCGCCCUGGCCAAGGCGGAGAUCAGCACCAUGCGCUCCGCCUGCUCUGCUACUGCCCAGCAGCUUACCCCCUUGCCCCACUCCCCCUUCCCCACUUGUACAUUCUCACAGCAUGCCAGCACCCACGGCCGCGCUAGCCAAGGCGGAGAUCAGCACCAUGCGCUCUGCCUGCUCCGCUACAGCCCUUGAGCUGACCGCCUUACCCUUUCCCUGCUCCGUUCCCCCAUUGCCCAUUUGCACCCCCACCAGCAUGCCAGCGCCCACAGCUGCUUUAGCCAAGGCGGAGAUCAGCACCAUGCGCUCAGCCUGCUCCGCCACGGCCCUGGAGCUGCUCAAACUGGACGCCAGAGGGAGCCGCGGGGAGGGGGGAGAGGGGGACGCCGAGCAGGGUGAGGGAGGGCGGGGGCGGCGGGCGGUGGAGGCAAGCCCAGCGCGGGGUGGUGGUGGUGGUGGUGGUGGUGGUGGUGGUGGUGGGAGGGGCGCGUCUCGCAGUCAUCAAGAACGGAAUGAUGAUGAGCAGCAGGAGCGGCAGCAGCAGCAGGCGCCAGUGGUGGUGUCGGCAUCAGCAGUGGCACAGAUGCUGCGCAGCAACGAGGACGUGGACGGCAAGCUGGCGAGCAUUGCACAGCAGAUGGACUGGCUGUUGAGUCAACUUGCAAGUCACCUCGCUCCUCCCUGUGCUGUGCUGUCCUCUGCUUUCCACGCCCCCCCUUGCAACGAGGACGUGGAGGGCAAGCUGGCGAGCAUCGCACAGCAGAUGGACCGGUUGCUGCUGCGCUUGGAGCAGGCCGGGCAGGCACACAACACUGGCAGCAGCAAGCCACCUGCCUCCAGCCUUGCCAGUCGAGCAGAGGGGCAAGGCGGGCGCACGGCUGAGGGCGGUCCACAGGGACAGCAGGGCUCAAGCGGUCAUGCUGCACAGAAUGGCGGAGUGUUUGUCCCGCUGGGGCAGGAUGGCGACAAGGCUGGGAGAGAGGGUGUGGGAGGAGGGAGCGGGCUGCAGAGGGAUGUGAGUGCGGUGGCGGAGCAACAGAGGCACAUGACUCGCCAGGUGAGGGUUUUGGCUUUUGAGACGUCUCUUCAUAGUGAAGCGAGUCACAAGGGUGCGAGGGAGGGUGUGGGAGGAGGGAGCGGGCUGCAGAUGGAUGUGAGUGCGGUCGCAGAGCAGCAGAGGCACAUGACUCGCCAGGUGAGGGCUGUUGAGACAGCAGGUGAGUGGCAGUGGCAGGGUGGUAGAAUGAGAACAUACUUGUUGUGA